AUGCCGUACUGCAUUGUCCCUGACCACCAUCGCCACAGAGACGAAAGUUCCGCGGAAAACGGCGGAUCAGGCGCCGCGGAGAGCGGCGGGAAUGGGGACGGAAAUGACGGGGAUGGCAAGAAAGUGAGGAUUUUCUACGAGACGUACGGCCAUGGAGACACGAAAGUGCUCAUGAUAAUGGGCCUCGCCUCUGGCCAUGCUGCGUGGCGCUACCAGGUGGAUGCUCUGGCGGGCACGGGUGUUCCCAAUGGUGGGGGGCGGCAGGAGGGGGCGGAGGGACGGGGGGAAGAGAAGGAGGAGAAGGGAAAUGAUGGGGGGAAGGAGAGAGGUGAAGAGGAGUUUGGUAAUGGGGAGGGUUGUUGGGAGGAGAGCAGGGAUGGGAAAGGAGGAGGGAAGAUGGAAGGGGAAGGAGGAGCGGAGAGAGGAGUGAGCGAAGGGUGUGAGAGAGAGAGGGGGAUGAAGGAAAGCCGAGGAGGUGAGGGGAGAGGAGAGGAAGAGAGAGGAGUGGCGAGAGGAGAGGAGGAGAGGGGAGAGGAGGCGAAGGGGGAAGGGGAGAGGGGGGAGGAGGAGGAGGGGAGCAGCGGGAGGAGGAGUGGGAUUGAGGUAUGCGUGUUUGACAACCGGGGAGUGGGACACAGCUCGUGCCCCACCGACCCCAGCGAAUACACCACGGAGGUGAUGGCAGCCGAUGCACUGUUUCUGGCGGAUCAUCUCGGCUGGACUAGGUUCCACUUGGUUGGCCACUCCAUGGGCGGCAUGAUAGCAUGCAAGGUGGCAGCAGCGGCAUCGCAUCGAAUCAUCUCCCUUGCACUCAUCAGCGUCAGCGGAGGCGGCUUCGACCUGCUCCCCCGGCUGGACUCGCGAGUCUUCUCCAUCGCGUACCGCCUGCUGAACGCCCGAACACCAGAAUCGAGGGCUCAGGUGGAUCUUGACACGCACUUCUCGCAGGAGUACAUGGAGGAAACGGAUGCAGGCAGUGGCAUGUCACGGAGAGAAGCUCUGCACAUGGAGUAUGUGCGCGAGCUAUCAGCACCGUCCGCCAUGCAGACACCCCACGGGGCGAAUGGGCACCUCAACGCAUGCUGGACGCACUCCCUCACUCCCCACGAUGUGGAUGAGAUCUGCAGCGCCCACAUCCCCACCGCCGUCAUUCAUGGCAG